GACUAAUUUUCACUUUUCAUUUUCCAAUAAUCAACAAAGACUUUUUAAAAUUUAUAUUACGAUGUUUCUUAAAAUUUGUUUAAUUGUAUAUAAUAACGUACAAUAACACUUUAAAGAUCCAUUUAAACAUGUUUACGCUUUAACACAUUUAAUUUAUCAGUGUGACAAAUUAUUUUUAUUACCAAUAUUCCAUUCAAUAGAUUAUUUACCGUGUUAUUUAGGUAUUUUGUCGUUUUCGAAUAAGAUUAUCGUGCGCAGUCGUGUUCAAGCUUCAAGGUACAAACAACGUUUAAACUUUAAAGUCAAGGGCGGAAGGACACAAUGGGCAACAAAUCAUCUUUAUUAUUAAGGGAAGAAGAAAUUGCACAAAUACAGGAAGAAACAGGGUUUACUCCUAACCAAAUAGAGCGUCUCUAUUCACGAUUUACGGCUCUGGAUAAAAAUGAUUGUGGUACGUUGUCUCGUGAGGACUUUCUUCGUAUUCCCGAACUCGCAAUUAAUCCAUUAAGUGAAAGAAUUGUGUCUGCUUUCUUUGCUGAGAGUCAUGAUGAUCGAGUGAACUUUCUACAGUUUAUGCGAGUAUUAGCUCACUUUAGACCUAUAAGAAAAAACAGAGCGAAUAAACUAAACAGUCGGGAAGAAAAGUUAAGAUUUGCAUUUUCAAUGUAUGACCUAGAUAAUGAUGGUAAGAUAUCACGAGAUGAACUUCUGGCAAUACUUCACAUGAUGGUUGGCGUAAAUAUAAGUGAAGAGCAGCUAUCAAGCAUUGCUGAGCGAACAAUAUUAGAAGCAGAUACCAACAAUGAUCAAAUGAUUUCAUUUGAAGAAUUUGCUCGGGCCCUGGAGAGAACUGAUGUAGAACAGAAGAUGUCAAUUCGCUUCCUCAAUUGACCACUAGGAUCCUGAACUCUGCACAAAUAUGUUCUAACUGUAGUGCUUGUGACCAUUAUAUUUAAGUUGUGUACUAGAAAAUAGCUUCAAUGCUUGUAUAACUUUGAGACAAAUAAAUGUGGUAUCAUCUAUUUUCUUCUUUCAGGUUUCAAAUAGGCUUCCUUAUACCAUCUUUAAAAUGUCUCUUUCAUCUAAUAUCAUACAUAAUAUUUAAUUACAACUUAAAUUUUGUUUUUUUUUUACUUUAAUAGGAUCAUAAUAAUAUUACUGUAUAGCUUUAUUGCAAACGCAUCAUUCUAUGUAUUUUAUAUUAUUAUAAAUAUUGUAAAAUCUGUAAAAAAAGUAAUUGUUAAUUUUUUGGUUAUAGACUAUUUCAUCACACAUCAAGCAAAUAAAUGUGUUAUCAAUAUGUUUUAAACAUAUUUUUAUAUAAUUGUUUUAACCAAUGUAAAUCAAUUAAACUUGUUACCAAAAAUUGCAUAAUAUUGUAUAAUUAUUAGUAAUUUAUUGAUGUAGGUAGAUGCAAUAUAUUUUGUGACUAAAUGUG